AUGGACAACAAGCUAGAUGUCUUCAGGAGGGAGUUAGUGGAUGUCCAGGGUGUUCCCCUCUUCUGGAGCAUUGCUCAAGAGUGGACCCAGGUGGAGUCAUUUGAGGCCCGACCAGAUGACCUUCUGAUCUCCACCUAUCCCAAAUCUGGAACAACCUGGGUCAGUGAAAUACUGAAUUUGAUUUAUAACGAUGGGGAUGCAGAGAAAUGUAAACAGGAUGCAAUAUAUAAGCGAGUGCCAUUCAUGGAACUGAUAAUCCCUGGCCUCAUGAAUGGCAUUGAGCAAUUGAAAAACAUGCAGUCUCCAGUAGUAAAAAUGCACUUACCUGUUCUACUUCUCCCUUCUUCAUUGGGGAAGAAUAACUGCAAGAUGAUCUGUGUGUCAUGAAAUGUCAAAGGUGUGGCGGUCUCUUACUAUUAUUUCUACCAGAUGGCCAAUAUGCACCCAGAGCCUGGUACCUGGAAGGAGUUCCUGGAUAAAUUCAUGGCUGGGAAGGUGUCUUUUGGUUCCUGGUAUGAUCAUGUGAAGGGCUGGUGGGAGAAGAGGAAAGAUUAUCGUAUCCUUUACCUUUUCUAUGAAGACUUGAAACAGAAUCCAAAAUGCAGUCUUCAUAAGUUGUUAAGGUUCCUACAGAAAGACCUGCCAGAAGAAACAGUGGAUAAAAUACUCCAUCAUAGCUCAUUCAAUGUGAUGAAGCAGAACCCAAGUGCAAAUUACACCACUAUGGCAACAUCUGAAAUGGACCACUCUGUGUCUCCCUUCAUGAGAAAGGGUAUUUUGGGAGACUGGAAGAAUCAGUUCACUGUAGCCCAGUAUGAGAGAUUUGAAGAUUAUGAAAAGAAAAUGAAAGGAUCUACACUGCAGUUUCGAUCAGAAAUCUAA